AUCUAUAAUAGUCUUCUGCACAUCAAACCUUUUCAAGAAUUUCUGACGGAACCAAAUAAUCUUUUCUUACAUCAUGGCUUAAUCUGAAUGCAAGAACAAGAAGUCAGUUCUAUCUCUAAAUAUAAUGAGGGGCUGUGUAUAAGCACAGACCUUGACUCAAUUCUAAUGAACAUUUUAGACAUGAGUUUACAUCGGCAAAUGGGUUCAGAUCGAGAUCUUCAGUCCUCUGCUUCGUCCGUGAGCUUGCCUUCCGUCAAAAAGGCACCCAAGAAGAGAAGAAUUUCAAUAGGCUCCCUGUUCCGGAGGAAAAAGGAUAACAAGCGAAAAUCACGGGAGCUCAAUGGCGGGGUGGAUGGAAUCGCAAGUAUUGAAAGUAUACACUCAGAAAUGUGUACUGAUAAGAACUCCAUUUUCUCUACAAAUACCUCCUCUGACAAUGGAUUGUCUUCCAUCAGCAAACAAGUAGGAGACUUAAUAGAAUGCCCUCUGUGCCUUCUGCGGCAUUCUAAAGACAGAUUUCCAGACAUAAUGACUUGUCAUCAUAGAUCUUGUGUGGAUUGCUUACGGCAGUAUCUGAGGAUAGAAAUCUCUGAAAGUCGAGUUAACAUUAGCUGCCCAGAAUGUACUGAACGUUUUAAUCCCCAUGAUAUCCGCUUAAUUUUAAGUGAUGAUGUCUUGAUGGAAAAAUAUGAAGAGUUUAUGCUUCGAAGGUGGCUUGUGGCAGAUCCUGAUUGUAGGUGGUGUCCAGCUCCAGACUGCGGGUAUGCUGUGAUAGCGUUUGGAUGUGCGAGCUGUCCCAAAUUAACCUGUGGGCGCGAAGGCUGUGGCACUGAGUUUUGCUACCACUGUAAACAGAUUUGGCACCCCAACCAGACAUGUGAUGCCGCUCGGCAAGAGAGAGCCCAGAGUUUACGACUGCGGACUAUCCGCUCCUCAUCUAUCAGUUACAGUCAGGAAUCUGCUGCAGCAGCUGAUGAUAUAAAGCCAUGUCCUCGCUGUGCAGCUUAUAUAAUAAAGAUGAAUGAUGGGAGCUGCAAUCAUAUGACCUGUGCUGUCUGUGGUUGCGAGUUUUGUUGGUUGUGUAUGAAGGAAAUCUCAGAUUUGCAUUAUCUAAGUCCAUCAGGAUGCACUUUCUGGGGAAAGAAACCCUGGAGCAGAAAGAAGAAAAUCUUGUGGCAGCUGGGAACACUGGUUGGUGCCCCUGUGGGAAUUGCUUUGAUAGCCGGCAUUGCCAUCCCUGCGAUGAUCAUUGGCAUUCCUGUGUAUGUGGGGCGGAAGAUUCAUAAUCGAUAUGAAGGCAAGGAUAUUUCCAAGCACAAACGGAAUUUGGCCAUAGCUGGAGGCGUGACAUUGUCCGUAAUUGUAUCUCCGGUGGUAGCUGCAGUAACUGUAGGUAUUGGUGUUCCGAUUAUGUUAGCUUAUGUUUAUGGCGUUGUUCCAAUUUCUCUCUGUCGAAGUGGAGGCUGUGGAGUCUCGGCCGGCAAUGGGAAAGGAGUCAGGAUUGAAUUUGAUGAUGAAAAUGAUAUAAAUGUUGGUGGAACCAACACGGCUGUAGAUACAACUUCUGUAGCAGAAGCAAGACACAACCCGAGCAUUGGAGAGGGCAGUGUGGGUGGGCUGACCGGCAGUCUGAGCGCCAGUGGGAGCCACAUGGACCGCAUUGGAGCCAUCCGUGACAACCUGAGUGAGACAGCCAGCACCAUGGCCCUGGCUGGGGCCAGCAUCACAGGCAGCCUGUCUGGGAGUACGAUGGGGAACUGCUUCAACAGGCUGGAAGUACAAGCAGACGUACAGAAAGAACGUUCUAGUCUAAGUGGAGAAUCUGGCACCGUCAGCCUGGGAACUGUUAGUGAUAAUGCCAGCACCAAAGCUAUGGCAGGAUCCAUCCUGAAUUCCUACAUCCCACUGGACAAGGAUAGUAGCAGCAUGGAGGUGCAAGUGGACAUUGAAUCCAAGUUUAGGCACAACAGUGGGAGCAGCAGCGCAGAGGACGGCGGAGGCCCCCGCAGUCACCUGGCAGGUUCUGCUACUGGUGUGCCAGAAGGUAAAUCCAGUGCCCCCAAGUGGUCCAAAGACAUGUCGGGAAAGAAGCCCAAGAGUGGUAAACUGAGGAAGAAGAGCACCAUGAAAAUAAACGAGACACGGGAGGACAUGGACGCGCAGCUGCUAGAGCAACAGAGCAGGAACUCGAGCGAGUUUGAGGCACCGUCCCUCAGCGACAGCAUGCCCUCAGUGGCCGAGUCCCACUCCAGCCACUUCUCCGAGCUCAGCUGUUCCGACCUGGAGAGCAUGAAGACUUCCUGCAGUCACGGUUCCAGCGACUGUCACACGCGCUUUGCCACUGUCAACAUUCUCCCCGAGGUGGAGAAUGACCGUCUGGAGCACUCGCCUCACCCCUACAGCAUUUCUGCCCUCACCAAAACAGCUUCAUGCUCUGAAGGUCCGCAGCCCAGCCACAGCACCGAGGAGCCCAGCAGCCCUGGGAGGAGACCCAAGGCGGAUUUACACUUCGGUGAGGAACUUAAAGAGACCAAUAACAACCACUCCCAUCAGACAGUGGAGUUGAAAGUUGCAGUCCAGACUGACAUCUAGGCCGACACAUGCUGAAAAAUCAGUACCACCGAAUAGCCACCUUGUUUAGAGCUAGUUGAAUACGGAUGUGACAACUUCAUGUGUUUCAAGUUACCAGCAAAUGCCAGGUUACAUGACUAUAAUGCAGAUUCCUUUUCUGUGUUCAGCAGAGCAUUGUCUUUCACAUGGAUCUUAAGUUACCAUCUUAAAUUACCAUGAAAUGAAGGCUUUAAAAAGAAUUCUUCUAAGGGUAAUACAUCUUUAGAGAAGUUCUGUGUUUUGUGGUUUUUGCCGCAAAGCAUUGCUUGAAGCACAUGUAUAUUUAGAUAUAAAUUUGGCUUAAUUUAAAAUCGGUAUAAAAUACUAAUGCAGUUCUGCAGCGUGCUGGUGGCAAAAACUUGAGGCGUAGGGUGAAGUGGUUGGUGACAUUUUAUUGAAACCACUAGUGGAUACUGGGUAAAGAACCUUGCCAGGUUAUCCUCGGUAUAUGAUCCUCUUUGUAAUUUUCUAUACCUGGACAUAAAAUUCAUUUCUUCAUAUGCAAUGUGGACAUAUAAAGCUUCGCAGCCCAUUUGCUACCAUUGGGAUACUUGGAUGCUUUGAGCAAGAUUGUGGCAGUUUUUGCACAACUUUACCAUAGAAAUACCUGGUACUCCUGUGUAUCUUGUAGAAGCAAAGUAUAAAAAUAGUUAUAAGAUCCAUAAAAACUGCAGAGUAAAAUUUUAUUGGCUUAUGAGUAUUACCAAACCAAACAAAAAGAAGUCCCCUUUCCUGAAGGGGAAGUUCUGCUCCGGGACCCUCUUGGUGCCUUUGGGACUGACAGGACUUGAAGGGCCUCAAUGCUUGAGAAUGUUGCUGUAUUGUUUUCUGUAGUGUCCUCUGUAGCACCUGGGAUUAUGUAGAAAAAUACAGGAAAACCCAAGUAUGACUUAUAACAAUGCUGAGACAAAAAAGUGUUAGCCUACCAAAGACAUACUCAGGCUUUUGUGACUAUUUUGACACAACCUCAUUUUUUAAAUAAAUGCGUAUCUUUUCCAAUCAUGAACCCAGAGCUUAGUGCAGCGCUUGUACCAGGAACCCGGGAGGGUCCAGAUAGGGCUGGCUAUCUUUGCGUGCGCUUUUGUUUAUGGACCACGUUCAGCUGACGUAAGCAGAAGUUGGCCAAAAUACUGCCUGUACUGUUAAUUUCCUGUAUAAUUUUACUUACAGAAAACAGGUUAACCUCAAUGACAGCAGUGAAAAAAACGUUCCAUCUUAUGUGUUUCUUUUAAGUGUUAUCAUGAUGGUGCUACUGAGCAUUUUCUUGUAAUAAAAAGAAAAAUGCCGUGGGCUGCAGUCUCCUUAAUCACUUUUUCUCACAGGUCCGUCCAUUAAUCAGCUUAGAACACUAGGGCCAGUUAUUUUAUUUGAUGACGCUUAUUGUAUUUGUAUAUUUGUUGGCAUUCCAGUUUUGUUCAGUAGCAAGUGUGUAAACUGCAGACAUGAAAUAAAUGUAAAUACUAAUGUA